UUCAAGAGGAUUAAGAUGCGUUUCCUAGUAGUUUUUGCCCUGGUGGCCUUUCUGGCUCUUUCGGUUGUGACAGCAUUUCCACCUACUAACAGUAGCAGUGAUCAAGGCAACUCUAACAAUCGAUCAACUAUUGGUCCCUUCCCCCGAUUUCCUCCGUGGUGGGGAAUUGGUCCUGUCAUUUUUAACACCACGACAUGGUAAUGACUUAAUGGAAACCAACUGCAAAACAUAUCACUGUGAACCCUGCAUAAACCUUUUUUAUUCUCUAAAAUAAAUUCACAAAAAUACUUGCUUGUAAAACUUUCCACUGAGACAAUUGUUCAAACACCAAAAGCGUAAAUAAAGAUUUCGUUUAAAAUCAA